ACUGUUAAUAAUAAGGAAUUAAAAUUGAAAUCAUGAAUAUAGACGACUAUGAAAGUUUGCCUACAUCAUCUGUGGGAAUCCAUAUGAUUGCGGGUGCCUUCGCCGGGAUCAUGGAACACUGUGUCAUGUAUCCUCUUGACAGUGUCAAGACAAGAAUGCAGACAAUAACACCUGGUCCUGGAGGAGGUGGAGGAAGUAUUUCGUUAGUUUUGACUAGAAUGGUGCGACAAGAAGGAGUUCUAAGGCCGUUUCGUGGAGUUGGUGUAAUGGUAGCAGGAGCUGGACCAGCUCAUGCUCUUUAUUUUUCCUGUUACGAGUUCCUGAAAAAUACAAUGCUCAGCUACAAUAUUGCAACACACUUUAAUCCUCUUAUUUACGGAACUGCAGGUUGUGCAGCGACUUUCAUUCAUGACGCAGUAAUGAAUCCAGCAGAAGUGGUCAAACAACGUCUUCAAAUGUACAAUUCGCCAUAUCGAAAUAUAAUGAGUUGUAUUUUACACGUGUAUAAAUCUGAAGGAAUUAUCGCCUUUUAUCGAAGCUACACAACACAAUUAACUAUGAAUGUGCCUCUUCAAAGUAUCCAUUUUAUUGCUUAUGAACUUUCUCAAUCAUUUACGAAUCCACGACACGAAUAUAAUCCUUUGGCACACGUUGUUUCCGGUGCAAUGGCGGGAGCAGCAUCAGCAGCGGCUACAACGCCUUUGGAUGUUUGCAAAACACUUCUUAAUACACAACAAGCCGGUGUUCGACCUCAGGGCAUGAUUGAAGCUUUCAAAAUGGUUUACAGGUUAAAAGGUGUCUCUGGCUAUUUUCGUGGUCUGAAUGCACGAAUUUUAUCUCAAAUGCCAGGUGCUGCUAUUUGUUGGUCGACGUACGAGUUUUUCAAAUAUAUUUUGCAACGAAAUAAAGAUUUGAAACGCAUGACACCAGAGCCAAAUAAAUCGGAAGAUUCGCCGAGUAUGUCAGGAUUUCAACCUCCUAUUACACGAAGUACUUUUCAAGAAACAGGACUCUAUUUUCAACAGCAAACAUCGUCACCAACUUUAUUGAAAGUGACGAGGAGUUAAGUGUGUCCUGGAAUUAUGUUAAGUAUCCAUCCGGUAAAACGAAACUAAUAUAUUUUGUGUUUCGAAAAAAAAAGUUUAUUAUUAUUGGCAAAAAAAAUAUGUUAGUUUGUUUUUUUUUCUUUUUUUGUUGAUUCAACCGUUGUUACGAUGAUAAAAAAAAAAUAAGCACACAUGUAUAUUUCUUGGAUAGUUAUUAUGACUGUAAGUCAAAUAAGAGUAUCAAGUGCAGGUCGCUGACUCAAUUUAAAAAAAAAAGAAAUUUUUGUAUCCUUCAUUAUAUGUCUGUAGUACAAAAAUAAUUUUUAUUUUAUUUUAUGUAAAUUAUUCUCUCGAGUAAAUAAUGCGAUCGGAAAAAAAUAUUGUGAACAAUAUCCACGAAAAUUGUUUAUGAAUAAUAUUGACUGAUUUAAGUCAAUUUUGUAAAUUGCUAUAUGUGAUUAAAAAGAAGUUGCUUUAGAGACUUGUUGAAAAGUCAAAUAUGAGAAAAGGAAGAAGAAAAAUGAAUUCUUGUGGGAAUAUUUUAUUAGUCGAAACUGGAAACAAUAAUUAAAUACUAAGUACCAACUCUUUCAUGUUUAAUAAUUAGAUUUUUAAUAAAUUAGAAAAGUUCGAGUUGUGUUUUAAAGCUCUAUAAGCAAUGAAAAAAAUGGUAUUUUUUCAAAAUUUUCAUCUUGUCGUGGAUGUUGUAGAAAUUUGUUGAAAAAUUACUCAAUUGAAAUGAAUGUUGCUGUCGAGUUACAAAAUGUUUGUCCUCUAUACGCAAACUAUGUCAUCGUAACAUUUAAUUAAAUAGCUGCCAUUAAGAAUUUUAAAAUAUAAAAAAAAAAUUCCCAGAGAUCAAUUAACACAGAUUUUUCUACUGUUUCAAGUUUCAUCGAGCGUAAAAUCAAUUUUACAUGAAAAUUAAGAGAAAAAACAUCAAUGGGAGGUUUGUAAACGAUUUGUAAAAGUCGGAUAAAAAAAAAAGCUUUACUUGACUUAAAAUUGAGAUGUUAUUUAUUGUUCUAAGGAGACAAAAUAAUCUUUGUUUUCCACGCGACGAUCAUAGAAAUGUUAACAAUGAAAAUUAUUUUUAACUUUUACUAAAACACCUUUAAAAUUUUAUUUUAGCUUCUAAAUAUUUUGUUAGAUUUAAUUUACAUACAUAUUUUGUUUAUGUACAAUCAGUUUGAAAAAUGAGAAAUGAUGUUUGUUAUAUACUUUUUUUUUUAUAUGAUCUAAUGAUUGAUUUGUAAAUUUCUUAAGUUUUUAAAGUUCCUUUAUAUACGUAAAGUUUAUAAAAAAAAAUUCCCCUAUGAGUAAGAUUUUUAAAGUUCCUUUAUAAAUAAAAGUUUAACAAAUUUUUUUGAAUAAAAAUUUUCAGAAUUAAGUGACACUUACUGUAAUUGAAUAUGCUCGAAUCAUCACUUGCACAAUAUUGCUUCCUAUGGCUGUGAUGUUGACUUUAAAACAUUGAUGUUGACUUAAGGAAGUAAUAUCAUGUAAAAAAAAAAAAAAAAAAUUGUUCAUUCACGCCAUACUCUAUUUAUUGUUAAUUUAAAAAAAAUCAAACGUUUCUUCUACUGCUAUUUAUAUAAAUUAUUAUUGGCAUCGUUAGAUUUGAAUAAGUAAAAAAUUUCGAACAAAAAGAAGCAAAACACGACAUCUUGCACAGCAUCUUGGCUUUAAUACUUUAUUAUUAUAAAAUUUUUAUUUUUUAUUAUUUUUCUUUUUAGAGACGAUUCUCACAUCUCUUCAUAAACUUAUUCGAUUUUGAAUCUUCCUGUAAAGACUGGUGAGAAUGACUUUAUCAAGAGAUACUCGAUGUAGAUUUAGACUAAUGUGUAAAUAGGACGCAGGCUCCCAUUAACAAUAUCGGUAAAAAAAAAAAAACUAAGAAUGAUAUUGUUCUAGAAUAUAAUAAGAAUUAUUAAUUAUAAUCGAAACAUAGCAUAAAAAUAUUGAGCUAAAGAAUUGUAAAUAAAUAAAUAAUGCGAUUAUAAAAAAUUAA